UCUUAUUUUAUUCAAUUCCACGUUGAUUAUGUUAGUUUCCAUUAGGUCCCACAGGAGGACAUUGACAGCAGGCCAAUUAGCCCUGUACGUAAAUGGAAUCUUGGCCACCUGUGGGAACCCUAAGAACUUUUUUGACAUCGAUCUAACAAAAAGGCUCAGGCACUUCCAGUCUACAGAUUCCGAGUUCGAAUACGCGUUGGUUUCUUUAUCUCUUUGCAACGCUAGGAAACGCCUGGCGAAGAAAAGAAUUAUCCACCUUUUGAAUCAACUGCGAUCAACUACAGAUUUCCAUUUUUGGGCAGAUACGCAAGCAGUAGCGGUGAUGGCUUUAUCGUGUGUUGGAAAACACGAAGCAUACGCGUUUCUUGAAAACCACAUUUACGAGGCUUUGAAGAGCUUUAAAAAGCGACAACAGCGAAAUGGAAGUUUUGGAAAUGUGUAUACUACAGGACUCAUAGUGCAGGCUUUAUUGGCGGCUGGAGACGACGGAGUUGGCUGGGAUUUCAAUCAAGCCGUGCGUUACCUGUUGUCCCAACAAGAACCGGGUGGAUCGUUUGGCGAUACUCUGGCCACUUACUUCGUACUUCCAAUUCUUUCAUGUCAGAACUACGUCAACUUGGGUGAGGUGAACUGCACGGAGCCAAUACCGUUGAAUGACACAGUGAACGAAAACUUUACUCUGCUUGGAGAACCUGAGGUCAACGAUGUGAAUUGGUCUAAAGAAAUCGAAGUUCGAUACUCUCUGUGGAUUGGAGACAAUAAAGAAGAAAAUUACUCAGUUAAUUUGAACACAUCUUCCGACACUAAAUUUCUUGACGUCAUGAAACAUUCAGCCAACUAUAACCCCGUUUACAAGUUUGAACUGGAUGAAACAUCAUGGGGACCAUUUGUCUAUAAAAUUGCUGGUAUGGCUAAUGACCCUGCCGGUCAGAGAUUCUGGAUUCUUUACAUCGAAAACCCAGACACUCAUGAACUUCAUUUCUCAGAAAAUGGUGUCGGCAAACUUUAUCUUCAAAACGAAGACCACGUUGUAUUUUGGUACAAAACUGUAUUGAAUUUCAUAUAAGUGUUUUCAAAAUUUGUGAAAGAAGGUUCCUCGUCAAUUUUAGUAACCCUCUUUCUUUUUCUUUUAACGUAAUUUUAACCUCAGCCGUAUUGCAUCGUGAGUGUAGUUAAGCCUUGUUUUCAAGUAAUUUUUGAUGUCGGUCAUAUUGCAAUGCGAGUGUAGUUAAGCCUUGUUUUCACGUAAUUUUUAAUGUCGGUCGUUUUGCAAUGUGAAUGUAGUUAAGCCUUGUUUUCACGUAAUUUUUAAUGUCGGUCGUAUUGCAAGUUGCAACGUGAGGGUAGUUACUAGUUAGGCUAAAUGAUAAAAUAGAUAUGAUUUCUAAUUUAAAAACAAACAAAAAAAGAAAUAUCGCAAGUAAGUAAAUAUUGUUCUUUACUAGUUUACAAGUAUAUAUACGUUUUGUGUAACAGUUUUUCUCACAGUUCGACUCAUUAGGAAAUAACUUCAAGAAACAUAAAAUUAACGUUACAAUGACUUUGGUGUUGUAUUUGUAUUUAAAAGAAAUUGACAUAUUGAAAAGGGUUCAGAGAUGGGUUACUAGGAUAAUUCCGGGGAUGGAAGUGUCAUUUUAUAGGCUAAAAUAUCUUAACGUAUUUUAUCUUGAGAAAAGGAGGGUAAGAGAUGACCCUACUGAAGAUUACAAGAUUAUCCAGUAGGAAUUUGUCUUGCAUUCUGAAAACAAUAGGACUAGAGAACAAAUGUUUAGGAUUUGGAAAAGACAGACUAGACUCCAGUUAAGACUGUUUUAUUUUUUAUAACAGGAUGGUAAGCUUAUGAAAUGAGUUGCUUUUGUCAGUAGUAAAGGCCAGCACUUUACAGGAGUUUAGGAAUGGAAUCAACUAUUUCC